AAGCCUCUCCCACUGUUAGAAAAAAUAGAAAAAGUUUCAGUAGAACUAUUUCCCCGGUGCUAUAAAUACAGGAAGAAGCGCGCACAUCUGCUCUGUGAGCGCGAGGCGUGGUCAGUCCGGGUUAACAGUAACAGGUGGGCUCGUCGGCACAGCUGCAGGACACUCCAUCCAGACAGGAUACCCACGGCACCGUCUCUCCUCUCCGGGAAACCCACGUACUGCUGCAACAAAAUGCCAAAGUGUCCAAAGUGCCAGAAGGAAGUUUACUUCGCCGAGAAAGUGACAUCUCUGGGCAAGGACUGGCACAGGCCCUGUCUGAAGUGUGAGAAGUGCAGCAAGACGCUGUCAGCGGGCUCACAUGCUGAGCAUGAUGGCAAGCCAUACUGUCACAAACCCUGCUACAGUGCCCUCUUUGGACCUACAGGAUUUGGACGUGGUGGAACUGAAAGUCACACAUAUAAAUAGCCAGGUUUGAUGUUGCCUGGAAACCAAAUUGAAGAAGCCGGCAUUGCUCACGAGUCUCAGUAAAAACCAGCAAAGAAAACUCAUUCUCAUUCAGAAGAAAAAGUUUGAGUUUUUGAUCUCUGGGUUUUGAAGAUGAUUGUGUAUUCCAAUGACAUAGUUGUCCCCUAAUUUCUUCCUGUUCUUAAGGUGACAUGAUUAAAUCAUUUUUAAAGUUG